CCCAAACCCAAACCCAAUCCAUCGUCCCUCACCUGUCCUAGUCUCCUUCGUCUUCUCCCCUUCUGUUCUUUCUUUAAACGGAAAGACCUCGCUUUAUUCUCUUCGACCUCACCAGUUCAGAAAUCUCUUUCAUCUCCGAUCCUCCCUUCCGUCGCCGUCCGUUUCUUCUGCCUUCUGCUGAAUUGAGCUGCCUUCCGAUUUCCUUCUUUCCUUAUUCCUUCUGCAGGAGAAAAGGACCUUACCAAUUGAGAAGUAACGACCGAGAAAAGAGGGAGGCGGGAGUCAAAGGGAAUCCACUGUGGUGCGUCAAGGCGAGGACUUUGAUUUACCCUACACGAUGGCGGCGACCUCCAAGCUACAAGCUCUCUGGAAUCACCCUGCUGGACCCAAAACAAUCCACUUUUGGGCUCCAACGUUCAAAUGGGGGAUCAGCAUUGCAAAUAUUGCCGACUUUGCUAAACCUCCUGAGAAACUUUCGUAUCCUCAGCAGAUAGCUGUAACAUGUACUGGAAUCAUAUGGUCUCGCUACAGCACAGUUAUCACUCCGGUGAGUUUAUCCAUGGCACCUCCAGGAGGACUUAGUGCGAAAUACUGCUUCCGAAGUUCUGUUAUAAUUCUUCUGUAUUUUCAGAAAAACUGGAAUCUGUUUAGCGUAAAUGUGGCAAUGGCUGGAACAGGCAUAUAUCAGCUGUCGCGUAAAUUACGGCAUGAUUACUUUUCUGAAGCAGAGCCUUCCCUUGCUGAAGAGUAACGAUGAAACUUGGCCGUAUGUGGUUGUGCAGCCUCAGGCCAAUGAUGCCCUGUUAUUGGUUGUGUACCAAAGAUAUCAAAUUCUGUAAUUUAUUUUUCCAGUUUAAGAGGGGGUUGCAAAGUUUAAUAAGUUCUUUUUUUUGGGUGGUUUGAGAAUAUCAAUCUUCAUUUGUUGCAAUUUCUGUUUAACAAAUCUGUGUCCUCUGGUGGAAAUAAACCAUUAUGGUGAUAUUAUGGGUUGAGUUCAUAUAUAUCCUAAUGAACUGAUGGGGUUUCCUCCUU